AUGCCUCUCUGUGGUGGAACCAAGACCGUUCAGCGCAAGCUGGUCCUGCUAUAUUUCCCUACAGUCUAUGAACCCACCGUUUUUGAAAACUAUGUUCACGACAUCUUCAUCGACAAUGUUCACGUAGAACUUUCUCUCUGGGACACCGCUGGCCAAGAAGAAUUCGACCGUCUACGCUCGCUGUCCUACGACGAUACUCAUGCCAUUAUGCUUUGUUUCAGCGUCGACUCGCCAGACUCAUUGGAGAACGUCGAAUCAAAGUGGGUUGCUGAGAUUGCCGAAAACUGNCCCGGAGUAAAACUCGUCCUUGUCGCCUUGAAGUGCGAUUUGCGAGAACAAGCGAAUGAUGACGAAGAGACCAAUGAACCGAAACGUCCCAUGAUUGACUACAAGCGUGGCCUUGCUGUAGCCGAGAAGAUCAAGGCUCUCAGAUACCUCGUCAACGAAGCCUUCACCGAGGCUGCCCGCGUCGCCCUCCAGGUCAAGAAUGUCAAGGGCGAUAAGCAGAGCAGCUGCUCCAUCAUGUGA